UUGAAUUACAAAUGUUGCGCAUGUGUGAUUUCCAUUCUAUGUUGCCCAGUUUUUAUCACUGUUAGGAGGUAUUAAUCACUUGUUAACUUCCUCAGUUGCUGGAAGACUUGAAGGAAGAACUUUGUGAAAAGGACGAGGAACUGCUGGAAACGACUCAUCAUGUGGAAGUGCUGCAGAUAAAGCUCGAUGAGAAGAAUCAGGAGCUAGCGGAGUUGGUUGAAGAUUUAAGAAAGGUUGAGAUCGACAAUGAAAAUGGCAAGGACAAGCUUUUGGCAGAAAAACACGCCAUGCGAACUAAGGUCAGAGAUCUGAAGAAAAAUCACAAGGGAUCUUUAAAAAUUCUCAAAACAAAACACAGCGCUCAGGUCCGUAAAAUCCGGGAGAAACAUGCCCAAGAAACAUCGCAAAAAGACCAGUGCUGUUUAGAACUUCAUAAAGAUCUCCAACUUUUAAGACCUCAUGCCAAGUUCUGUGCACCACUUGCCGACCAAGCAAUUGGUUCGUUAAAUUAUUUCACUGAACGGAAGAUUAAAGAACUGGAAGAACAAGUGAGGCUUAUGAAGCAAGAGGCGGAAAGAUCAGAGGACAGGUUCCUGUCAAUGGAAGCUUCAUACAUGGUGAAAAUCGAACAGAUUCAAGAGGAGCUGGACAAUGUGCAGCUUGUACCUUCUCAGAAGCUGCUGCUGGAGCUCAAAGACGUAGCAGAAGACUUUGAAGAGGAGAAUGAACAGUUACACCAGAGAGUGAACUGGCUGCGACACGUCGAGGCACAAAAUGAGAAUCUUCAAGCAAUAUUGGAACAAUAUGAAGAACAACAACACGAAAUGCAGGAACAAUUAGAACAGGUUACCAAGGGAGCAACUUCCCAGGGAAAGGAAGAACUGGAAACCGUUCAGCAAGCAACACAGCAGGAGCGCACAGAGCAAGAUCCGUCCUCCUACAAGAAUGAAUUGGCUGAGCUAAGGUUUGGUUCUACUUGGACUGGGAUAUCAGUUGCAUUUCUAUUGUGCCAUAUGAUCAAAUGGGAUUAUCCCUUGAUGCUUUGGCCAGCAAACAACGUUUGAAGUGUCGAUGAUGGUAGCAAACACGGCAGUCAAUUUUCGUAGGGUGGUGUCGUAGAGCCACAAAUUAUUCAACUCCUUGACGAAGGAGAAUCCGUCUGGUUAA